CGGAAUCGGAACUGGAAUAGAUGUCAAAGUAUUCAAUAUACGCAAAUGCAAAUGUACGAACACAACGCGACGGAACUGGAAUCGGAGCCGCAGCCGGAGUCGGAAGAGUUCACCAACUUUUAACUUUGACGUACAACACUUUUGACGUCUAUCAUUUUUGGCACAUCAAAUUUGAUUUCGUGGUUGUGUUUCUGCAAUUAAUUUUUCACUGCGGUUGUUAAAAUAAAUAAAAAAAAGUAAAAAUAAAACAAAUAAAAGUUAAAACAAAAUGGAUGAAUGUGAAAAAAUUAUCCAAGCGGUCGCUGAAAGAGACGUCCUUUGGAAUUUAGAGAACAGAAACUAUAAAAACAAUAAAAUAAAGGCAAAGGAAUGGGAAGCAAUUGCCCAACAAUUAAAUAUGCCAAUGGAAUUCAUUAAAAAAAAGUGGAGAAGUCUGCGAGACACCUACUCCAGAGCCAUCUCCAAAAAACCUGUGUCUGGACAGGCAGCCGAAUGUGAUGAUGAGGAAGUUGGGGGAAAGUAUUCGGCCCAAAUGGAAUUUUUAAGAGCACAUUUGAGACACCGACAAACAAUUGGAAAUUAUACACCGUCGCACUAUUCUUCAGAGGAAACCCUAACGCCAUCGCCAACUCCAUUAGCACCUGUUGGUAAAACUUCAAACAAAUAUUCUGAAGAAGCUCCACAAACUUCGACACAGGCCAUGGAAAACUAUGGGAAUAAUCCUGAGCCGGCUUUAAAUUCUCCUAUACAGACCAAUGUGGAUAGUGAGCCGUUUUUAAAUCCUCCUAAAAGAAGGAGAAUAGAAAAACAACAAAGUAAGAUAGAAAAAACUUUUGUUAAUACUAUGAUGACGGUUCAAGAGUUUUUGACUAAGCUCCGUGAACCGCCAUCAAUAAUUUUACAGUCUCCUUCGCCAUCCCAGCUUACUUCAGAGGACGAAUUGUUUUGCUGCUCAUUGGUGGAAAAGCUGGCAAAGUUUCCAAUUCACCUCCGAAACAGCAGCAAGUUAGAAAUGCUCCGAUUUCUAAACGAAGUUGAGCUGAAUUGGAUUCAAGAAGGAGGAGAAUAAUAUUAAUUAAAACAUGUAUCAUGUAUGUAUAUUUAAUUUCCAAGUACUGAAGACAAAUGGAAUUUUGAGUUUUGGAAGACAAUUACCUAUGCAGAGAAAUUAUGAGAAUUG